AUGGUCCCUUGGCGUCCCAGUCGGAAUCGAUUGAGGCUGUACCUCCGUAUCGCUGCUUUUGGAACGCUCUCAACCCUAAUCUGGCUCGUAUACGGACGAACUAUCGUGACUUCGGACAGCGUACAUACGCAAUGGGACGCGAACGGAUAUUGGCACGGUCCUAGGCGGGUAGAGAGCAGCUCCUUGUGGUCGUAUGUACCGACAACGGCCGAUGGGGAGGACUCGGUCGAGGAGCCGGUCGAGGUGCCGCUGACGUGGGAAUGGUCAAAUACCAUGCGGCGGAAAGGGUAUCGGCGGCCGAGCUGGGGUGCGCUAAGGGAGGUGGGGCCAAAAGCGAGCUUUAGAACCAAUCUCAAGCCUAAUAUGAAGUACUUGGUUGCUUCACCGAUCAAUGGGUGGAAUAAUCAAAUAAUAGAAGCUGUCAAUGCCAUUCACGUCUCUCUGCUCGCGGACCGGAUACCAGUCGUCAACGCCUUCUUCGCCCACCACGGCCACCUGGGCGCACGAGGUGAACAUCCUCUGUCGUUCACCGAGGUAUUUGACGUCUCUGGCCUUAUCAAAGCGUGGAACGGAAGGCCUCUUGUCGAUGCUGCCGAGCUCAAGGUCGAUGACAAAGUGGCCCCACGGCAUCGCACGGUGGUAUAUGACGGGGAGCAUCGGCAGCGGGGCGCAGACGGACGGCGACUCGUCAGCGGAGAUCUGAUCGCGGCGGAGGAACCAGAACCCGAUUACAUGGACUGCUGGUCCACAAACAUGGUGCUUGGGAAACUGGACUUCUAUCAUGAUAAUGUACAUGAGCCAGUCACCCGUUCCUACGCACCGUUACCCAUCAAUGUCAACCCAGACAAGAGAUGGGAUCGCUUCUCCAUCCCACUUACUGCCGAAGCCAUCCGCAAUUACUCGGUUCCCGGAGCGAGACUUCCCGAGUCUACUGUCGCUCGGCUCCACGAGCUCGGAGAAGUUACCGGUAUCAGCCCCGACGAUCAGUAUACCUGCCUCGACAGGACUUACUGGAUGGUUGACGCGCCACACAACGAGGACCUGCAUCAUCAGUGGCGAAACGGAGUCGGUGCGUGGGCAGCGGUCGGUCGCCACCUCAAGUUUCAGCCGGGAAUCCACCAAAUCGCCGAUGAUUUCUUACGGGAUCUGAUGGGUCUGAGCUGGGAUGCGGAGAUACCUCCAUAUAUGGCUGUACAUAUUCGGCGCGGAGACUUUUAUCCCGCUCUCAAAGCCAUCACCCAGCGGCAAUGGGCUCACCGUGCCUUCCUGCUCCUGACCAGGUACCGGGAAGAAAGGCAGGUGGAUAUAAAGCACAUCAUCUGGACCUCGGACGAGACGGACGAAGAAUGGUUAAAGGAGAUGAGAUUACCGGGAUGGUACCACGUCGACCACAUGAAAACUCAGACUGGAAAUAGGUUGGGAUUCUGGUGGCCAACGCUCAUCGAUUCGUGUAUCCUCUCAUCUUCAGCGGCAUUUAUGGGUGUAUCUUCCAGUACAAUGAGCAUAUUACCAUCCAGAAGAGUAUUAGAUGCGGGCGGCAUGGUAGAGCUCUUCUGGCAUAGUCAGUACAAGGUCCCAGAGGAUUGGGCGUGGGAGAUAUGA